CCACCUUGAGAUGGUUUAGCUCCGAUCACGAGCUGCCUGACCACGUGUGCAUGGAGGGCAUUGGGUGUCUAACUGAUAAGAAAUGAAAUGCAAGCCCAUUAACCUUUCUAAAAAUAAAACUCACUGAAUAAAGACCUGCUUUUUUAACAAAGCCGGAGACUUAGUCUUUAAACAGGAAGAAAAGAAAUGAGAUUCUGAGUUAAGAUUGAGAAGCCAGCCUUAAUUUAAACUCACCUGGCUUUUGUCCAAGUUGUUAAAAACCUUAAUGCUUUUUCAAUAAACUUUUUAACUUCCUUGUUUUUCUGCCAUUUCCUUAAAAAGGUCACCCGUGUGAAAAAUACUUAGCAAACAAGUAACUGCAGCUAUUUUUGUAGCAUUUUCUCUUACCUAGAAAUGUGAGCCAUCCCUUUUCAAUAAAUAAUUUAGGAAUUUUAUAAUGAAAAAAAUGUAAGACCUCCUCACAAGUGUACAAAUGACAUACAUUUUGUGUGAUCGGAUUUUGUAACAAAGAGUACAUCAGCCACUCAACUGUUAACGUCUUAAAACACCUUUCUCUUAAAAGCCAAACUAGUGUUUUCAUCCUAGAGUUUGCCACUCUGCCUAAACUCACCACCCUUUAGUUGUAAUUUCUCAGCAUCUGACCCAUACCAACAACUACAAAAAUGUAUGUUUUAAAAGGGACCAGGCUGUGCUUGAUGGUUUCUCAAUGUUAUUUCUGUAAAAUAUCAUGUCUCCUCGAAGGUAAAGAGCAUCCCCUUAAGGUGCUGUCCUACACAGAGAAGCCAUCUAGAUUAUUAGCUCUCCAAUUUGCCCAGGCCCGGAGACCCAAAGUUCCAGAUGAUUUCUCCCUGUGUAAAAGUCCUUCAGGUGUGGAAAUUAAAAAUAUUUUGACUGGGGGCUUUGAUCAAGCAAAUGCUAAAAAGCAACAUAAAGAAGAUCCCCGCCAGUCAUUUCUCAACAAUUAUUUAGUCAACUGAUGUAACAAUGGUACUAAUAUUGGGACGCAGACUAAACAGAGAGGAUCUUGGGGUGCGUGACUCCCCAGCAACUAAGCGUAAAGUUUUUGAAAUGGACCCAAAAUCUCUGACAGGCCAUGAGUUUUUUGACUUCUCUUCAGGAUCAUCCCAUGCUGAAAACAUACUUCAAAUAUUUAAUGAGUUCCGAGAUAGCCGCUUGUUCACAGACGUCAUCAUUUGCGUGGAAGGAAAAGAAUUUCCUUGUCAUCGAGCCGUUCUCUCGGCCUGUAGCAGCUACUUCAGAGCCAUGUUCUGUAAUGACCACAGGGAGAGCCGAGAGAUGUUGGUUGAGAUCAACGGUAUUUUAGCUGAAGCUAUGGAGUGUUUUCUGCAGUAUGUUUAUACAGGGAAGGUGAAGAUUACCACAGAGAACGUGCAAUAUCUCUUUGAAACAUCGAGCCUCUUUCAGAUCAGCGUUCUCCGCGAUGCAUGUGCCAAGUUCUUGGAGGAGCAGCUUGAUCCCUGUAAUUGCCUAGGAAUCCAGCGUUUCGCGGACACCCAUUCCCUGAAAACGCUCUUCACCAAAUGCAAGACUUUUGCACUGCAGACUUUUGAAGAUGUGUCCCAGCACGAAGAGUUUCUUGAGCUUGACAAAGAUGAACUGAUUGACUACAUCUGCAGCGAUGAACUUGUGAUUGGUAAAGAAGAGAUGGUUUUUGAGGCUGUCAUGCGUUGGGUGUACCGCGCUGUUGAUCUGAGAAGACCCCUGUUGCAGGAACUCCUGACACAUGUGAGACUCCCUCUGUUGCAUCCCAACUACUUUGUUCAAACAGUUGAGGUGGACCAGUUGAUCCAGAAUUCACCUGAUUGUUACCAGUUGUUACAUGAAGCAAGACGGUAUCACAUUCUCGGGAAUGAAAUGAUGUCCCCAAGGACUAGGCCACGCAGGUCAACUGGCUACUCUGAGGUGAUAGUUGUGGUUGGAGGCUGCGAACGAGUUGGAGGAUUUAACCUGCCGUACACUGAGUGCUAUGACCCUGUGACAGGAGAGUGGAAGUCUUUGGCUAAGCUUCCCGAAUUUACCAAAUCAGAGUAUGCAGUCUGUGCUCUAAGGAAUGACAUUCUUGUUUCAGGUGGAAGAAUCAACAGCCGUGAUGUCUGGAUCUAUAAUUCACAGUUAAAUAUUUGGAUCAGAGUGGCCUCUCUAAAUAAAGGCAGAUGGCGUCACAAGAUGGCUGUCCUCCUUGGUAAAGUCUACGUUGUAGGAGGCUAUGAUGGGCAGAACAGGCUCAGCAGCGUGGAGUGCUACGAUUCCUUUUCCAAUCGGUGGACUGAAGUGGCUCCCCUGAAGGAAGCCGUGAGUUCACCUGCCGUGACCAGCUGUGUAGGCAAACUGUUUGUGAUUGGUGGCGGACCCGAUGAUAACACUUGUUCUGAUAAGGUUCAGUCGUAUGAUCCAGAAACCAAUUCUUGGCUACUCCGUGCAGCUAUCCCAAUUGCCAAAAGGUGUAUAACAGCCGUGUCCUUAAACAACCUGAUCUAUGUUGCCGGUGGACUGACCAAGGCAAUAUACUGUUAUGAUCCAGUUGAAGAUUACUGGAUGCAUGUGCAGAACACAUUCAGCAGACAGGAAAACUGUGGUAUGUCUGUGUGUAAUGGUAAAAUAUAUAUCCUGGGCGGAAGACGGGAAAAUGGAGAAGCCACAGACACCAUCCUCUGUUACGAUCCUGCGACCAGCAUCAUCACGGGGGUAGCUGCAAUGCCCAGGCCAGUGUCCUAUCAUGGUUGUGUGACUAUUCACAGAUACAAUGAGAAAGGCUUUAAGCUCUAGAGCCGGGAUACCUCAUCCAAGAAGCCACACCAAUCCAGGAGAGGGCUCAAAGGCUCCAGAGUGGGAACUUGAUUGAUUUCCUUUGUGCCAUAUGCAAAAACAGUAAAAAUACCCAUUGCGGUGCCUUUCUCCCCCAAACAUCAAUCUUUCAAACUGUAAAUAAAGCCUUUCCUGUCAUUGGGGAAAAAAAGAAAUACAUAUAUAUAUAUUGUUAAAGGUAGUGGUGGUUGUUGCUUGGCCUUUGAGAGUGUAUUGUUGUAAGUAUUUGUAAAAAGCCUGGGUGGAAUAGGUGGUAGCAGCAGCCUGUGUAUCUCUUAGGAAUUUGUGGAUGCUCCCUUCUUUGAUGUAUGUUAAACUGCAUGACAGCAUCUCCUGUGUUUUGUCGUACAUGUAGAGAAAAUGACAACUUGAGGCUUCAUGUUGGUUGAAUCAUCAAAUGCUUAGGAUACCUAGGGUUCACGCUAAGGGGGGAGGUUAUUAUUUUAAAAUCUUUGUCACUAAAACUAUAUCCAAAUUGAUUGAUUUUGAAGAUUUUUUUCUUUACCCUAUAAUUGAUAAAAAAUUUGAUGAGAGCCACGAACUACCUACCAUAAAAUAUGCCAUGCUUGUGACCUCAGUGUAGAAUUGCUGAUCACAAAUGGAGUGCCUCUGAGGAGCGUUACUUUUAUCUGAAUAUUUUAACUCCACUUUGUAAAACUUAGCCUGUUUCAGAGAAGAAUGUAAUGUUUUCCCAAAGGCAGAUGAACGUAGAAGGAACUACGACACGCGUGAUUACUGAGACCUUGAGCAGGGAGUCAGUAUUGAUAAUAUUUUAUAGACGUUGCAAGUAACCUGCUGAGUUUUGACUUCCAAGUAGGAAUGCUAGCUGGCGGGAUACGGUUAUACUCCCUGCUGGGAGGAGGAGGCAAGGUGCAAACACACGUUUGAUUCUGCUGCUACCCCAUUUCCGUUAGGUGCAAGGUAGCAAUCAAAUCGCUAACGGGUUUCCUUUUUCCUUUUACUCUCAGAGCAUACAGGCAUUUCAAAUAGACUAUAGAGUAUCACCUUUUUCCAUUGGUUAACUGAAAUCUGAGUCCUGAGGAAAACAAAAAAGUUUUUAAAAAAAACAACUUUCUAGGAAAUUCUUCUUUUUCAAAUUCUAAUUUGUGAGUGGUGUAUACUUUUUUGUGGUGAUUAUAAGAGCCAUUCGGAAAACACUUUUGACCAUGUUAGUUGUAAGACGAUUACAGGUUCAUUUAGAUUACUGUGCUUUCAUUUCAACGUGAACGUCCACUUCUGCUUUAGACCUUGUGUGUGUAGAAAAUGGAACCUGAACUUUAGCUCUGAAAUUGUACAGUAACUGAGAUAAUGUAUGAGAAAGUGCUUUGUAAAUGCUGGGGAUGAUACAAAUGAUACUUGUUAUCCUCGUGUUUAUUUGUGAGAUCAUGCCUAUUCAUAAAUACAGACACUUUACAUAAAAAGGACUUUCUCAAGGUAACUUUGUAUUGUAGUAUAUUUGUCUGUUGUAAAAGUAUUAACUGUUUACUUAUGGUUUGUUACAGAUUUAUUUUCAAUAUCUGUGUUCAUCAUAAUACAUUUGAAAUGGAAUCCUAAAAAACAAAAUUGGAUUAAAAACAGACUUCAUACUGAUAGAAUUUAAUUUUCCCUAUGUGAUUGUUAAAUGUAUAAGUUUAGUUGCAAUUCAUGUUGAAAGACAAUAAGAAUUUAGUCCUAGAAAAUUAAAAUGGCUAUUUUAAAAGUUACCCAACUUCUCAUUUUAAUUUUCUGUACUACUUGAUAAAAUAGCAAUGUUAGCAUUGAUAACAUAACUUUAGUUUAUAAUUAGUAUAUCAAAGGGGAUAUAGCAACCAAAUUGGUAUCAGAUCAUGUUCAUAUAGUUAUCACAUAGCUAACAGAUUUUCUUAUAAUAGGUGGUGUUCAUAUGAGCCUUUCGGUUAGUGUGUAUUUUUAUGCAUGUAUGUGUGUGUGAAUAUAAAUGUAGAUAGUAUGGUCAUGCACACACGUAUAGGAGUUUGUGGUGAUCAGAAAAAGCACAUAAAGUAAAACUUAGUUGACCUUAGUAAAUUCAACCCCAGAAGAUCUUUCUCUUUGGGCAAGUCUGGAAUACGUUGUCAGCGCUGAAAGUCCAUGAUGAGUAUUAGUAGGAUCACUUUGGUACCCUGAGAACUGGGUAACGCACCCAGUUUUACACAGCCAGGAAACAAGUUGGAGGAAGAAAUGGACUUGAUAAACCCAGCUGUGACUCACAGGUCUACUGUUGUGGAUCAACGGGAGACAAAUUCUGCUUCUCUACAAUCCACAAAAGUAGACGCUGUUUUCUCCUGACUGCAGCCCUUUUCCUUGUUUACCAGUCUGUGGGUGAGCUGUGAAGUGGCCUCCUUUUCACAACUGACGGCCUUCCUCCUGCCUCCUCCACGGGUCUGAAAGGGCAGCCUGUCGGAUCCCAAGGAAACUCUUCAAGGUGACUGAAAUACAGGGAUUUACCCCACUUACACCAGGUAUUGAGACGCUAGAAAUACUCAGGGAAAGAAUUAACUUGUCCCGUUCUCCAGUUUGAGUGGUUAAAGUGCCGUAAUGAAAUAGUCUCCCGUGUAUGUUUCUAGGGUACAUUUGGUUUGAUAAAAGGGGUUCAAAAAGUGGCACACUCACACGUGGCGGUGGGUAAACCUUCAUUCUUGUGUAUGUAGACAGUGAACCAAUACGUUUUCUCAGUGAAUAUGAACUGUUUCUAUAUCUCUACUGUCCAAUGUCCUUUUUGUAACUCAGGAAAGACAAAAGUUCGAUUGCAUUACUUUUGUCCACAUGCAAACCAAGAGUGUCUGUGGUUGUCUGGAUAGGGCGUUAGACUAAGACAAGAACUGCGUGAGAAGCUGUGCAUGAAAGGCAAGGGUUGGUUGUGUGUGUGCGUCUUGUGUCUUGAGGUUUAUAUGUGGGAAAGACAUCUAAUCCAGACAACUUUCAAAGAGGAAAUAGGACGAUUUCUGGCUUGUAAAGCUCUUCCGGACAGCCUUUACCGUGAUAAGCUAAGACACCCGUUAACCUCAACAGAAUUUUGGCCUUACUAGAAUUUGUGAUUGAUGACACUGAAAGCCAGGUUUACAUCACCUCACCCUGUGGUUAUUUUUGUUAAAUUCACCCUACCGAGUAACCAGAACGGAGCAAUGUGCUUGAUUUUUAAGGCAGUAGGUUUGACUAGCAGGCUAUAUUGUCACAUCUAAGACCAGGCACCAGAAGCCACUUGAGCCAGGAGUGUGAAUUCAUAAUUUCAGAGAUUCUUUAGGAGAAUAAUUCUCCUUUUUCAACAAAACUUGGGAUAUUUCCCAAUGUUUUUAUAUAAAUGUUUUACACUUCUGUGAUUGCCUUAGAGAUAGAAUUUUACUUAGUGCUAAAGAUGAUCAUCAUAAAUCAUAUUUUCAAAACAACGGUCAUAACUUAUUUUAUAUAUGGUUCCAAAGAAGAGUUUCUGUUUUAAUGUUUUCAGAAUAGCUGCACCUAAAUGUGUCGAUGUGCCUUACGUUCUGCAGUGCUUCUCCAACCUUUUCUACCGGAAUGCAGCGCAGCUUAGAAAACCUUCCUUUCUGUUUCCUAUGGAUAAGCCGAUUUCCUCUGCUUUCAGUUUCUGAAGAGCAACAGCCAUGUGGCGGAAUGAGUAUGUUAAGAGAGAUUGUUGGAUGAUUGGAGUUAUGUUUUUGUUUGUUUGUUUUUUGAUACUAAGGUGCUUUUUAAGAUUCAGAUAAACGUCUCUUAUGUUGCUUAAUCCCUUGUACACAUCAUUUGCAAUAUCUACAUCUAUUAAAUAAAUGACAUCUACUCGUUUUCGUUACAGUCCUCAUUUAUUUCUCCAGGGAACGAGCUGGCACGUUUUCACUUUACUGUCUUUUGAAAAGCUUUCCCAGGGCUUGCUUGCUUUGCAGAAUAUUCAGAUUUCUUGUUGGGUUUCAGGAGCCACUGAGACGGCAGUCACGGGCUGAGCAAAAGCAGAAUCUGCUGUACUGUCGGUGUAGACCCGUGGCUGCUUCCCUCGAAAGGCACCACAGCCCCCACAGCGGUGGGUCCAGAGGGGUGAGGGGACUGUAAUUCACUGUUCUCCAUUCAGUUGUAGCGCAUUAAUGCUGAAUGGGUUUUGUUCAGAUAUAUUUCCUGCAGUUUUCUUUAGUUCUUAAAAGUUGUAUAGAUCUAAUAAAGUGCUUUGUAACCAUUAUUACUUGACUGGUUGGUUGUAUUAAAUUUUGUUUACCAAA